AUGAAUAUCAAACGAGAGCAUGCCAGGAAGGAUGAAUACCAAACAAGAGCAUGCCAGGAAGGUGGUGUACAGUUCAAUAGGAAGUGUAGAAGUUUUUUCUCCAACUGCUCCGGUUAUUAUCUCAUUCACCGUGGCCCUGGGACGCAUACAGAGUACAAUGUUACUUUUAAGGAGGCGGCUUUGGUAGAUGUGCUCAUUGUUGCGGGUGGUGGCGGGGGAGGUUCGAGCGGGGCUGGCGGUGGAGGCGGCGGAGGUGUGAUACAUGCUCAGAGUGUCCCUGUCCCUGCCGGGACGCACCAUGCUUCUACAGGGAACGGGGGGAAUGGUGCAUGUGCAAGAAAUACUGGACAGUGUGGUCCUGUGUAUGGUUCCAAUGGACAGCCUUCAUCAAUAUUCGGGGCGACUGCUUAUGGAGGAGGUGGGGGUUGUGGACGAUAUAAUGGAUGCGCAGCUGGUUAUUCAUGUCCAUAUUGUUCUCAGGGAUUAAACGGUGGAUCCGGUGGUGGUAUGGGUACAGCUGCAUGGAUGGUUGAUACUAAUACUUAUCCGGGGGGCAGAGCGGAUUGGGGGUCGGUUGCAGCGUCUUCAAUCGUCUGGAAUGGGCAAUUGCUCAAGGGAUAUGCAAACGAUGGAGGAUCUGGUGUGAGUGUAAAUUUUUACUAUGAUAAUGACGCCGGUGAACUUGUAAAUGACCGUGUUUCCGGGGCCGGGGGGGGGGGUGCGGGGGGUCAAGGCAUAGAUGGCUCUGUGAAUCUCUCCAAGGGGAUUCCGCAUGGGGGCGAUGGGAUUCAGAUUAACAUCGACGGGAACAACUACUUCUGGGCUGGUGGUGGUGGCGGUUCCCAAUAUAUAGCCUAUAUAGGGGGUAAUGGUGGUAAAGGUGGGGGUGGGGGUGGCGCGAGAACAGGUUGUUAUUAUAGAUACUGGGGAGAUGUGGGAGAUUAUGAAUCAUUCCAUUGUGAGGACAGGGAGUAUGGCUGGUCCAGUGGGGGCACUGGUGGCAUUUCGAAUGGGGAAAGUGGUGAGGGUACAAAUAGCGUACUGUUGGGCGCUAGAGGUGGGUCAGGAGGGUCAUCUACGGGGGGGGGAGGUGGCGGGGGUGCUACUGAAAAAGGCAGUGGGGGCUCCGGCGGCUCUGGGAUGAUUGCGAUCAGGAUCGUCUCUGGAGGCGGCGGUAAUUUGGUGCCAUUUUCAGGCGACCCUGACGGUUUCUGCUCUCUCUGCGCCCCCGGGGAAGCUGUGGUUAAUUGCAUCUGUAUGCAUAAUCACUACAAAGCCACUACAGGUUCUUUGUACAUGUGUGAGCCGUGUCCUGCCCAUUCAUCCGUGCUCAGCAUAUACCCAGCUUUUAAGAGGAGAGACUGCAUUUGUGAUACAGGGGACUUCUAUUACAAUGGCACGGAUGACGACUUUGAAUGUCUGACAUGUCCUGUCAACUCAAGUAUACCGGGUGGGGGUCCAGGGACAUCCCGAGCUGACUGUGUCUGUAUGAGUAAUAACUACAGGGACGGCGGCGUUGAUGAUUUCGUUUGUACCCGCUGUCCUGAGAACUCUUUCUUGUUGACGAGCGACCAAGCGAUGUCUCGAAAAGAUUGCGUCUGCCAGUCCAAUUACUACAAGGAUGGUGCGGAUGAUGAUUUCGUUUGUACCCGCUGUCCUGAGAACUCUUCCGUGUGGAUCAGCGGCCAAGCGAUGUCUCGUCUAGAUUGCGUCUGCCAGUCCAAUUACUACAAGGACGGUGCGGAUGACAGUUUCAUUUGUGCUCCUUGCCCAGUUAAUUCCAAUGCGUUGUAUGGAGGUACAUCACGUUUGGAUUGCUUGUGCAAUUCGGGGUACUAUCGAUCAGGGUCGGAUGUGGCCUUUCAAUGUCAAGCCUGCACAAACUGCACGGUGGGCCAGUACCAGACGGCAACAAUGCAGCACAACGCGCCUAUGAUGCACCUGGCACCUCUGCAUAUUCAUGCUGGUGUGGGCAAGGUUUCGGCCUGA